AUGUUGAUUGGAGUCACACCAUUCCGUGGCGAAACCGUACCCGAGCUGAAGACGAAAUCUAUCUGGUUACGAGGAUCUCGAUUCCCCUCUACUUAUCUCAAUUUACGCACUUACCAGGAAGAAGACGAGGAGAAGAAAUCUGAAAUUUCGAAAAAGGUGUGGACCAUCAUGAACAGCUACGGCAUCACAGAACAGAUGCUUGAAGACUCAAACGAGCGUGGUCCGAGGAAUGCUCUAAUCGGAACAUACCGUAUCGUACAGUAUCAAGUGCAAACAGCUGUCAAAGAGCCGCCAUCAGAGUCUUCGCUAGCUCAGCCUACAACAGAUGCUCAACGAAGAUUAGCAAAUCGACAGCUGAAGAACAAAAGCAAAACAUGUGUUAUUGUCUGA